AUGGCCCUGCUGGGCAGUGUCACACACACAAGUGGCGCGUCUGGGAUGUUUGCGCAGGUGUCGGAAGGCACUCAAUUGCCGCGCGACCCCCUGGGGGAUGCAGUCAGUCCCAUUGAAGACCUGAACAGCAGAUGGGAGAAGAUAGCUGAGGCGGAGUACGCCAAGGACGGUGCCACUGAGGGGUGGAGCAGCGACGACGACGCCCAGCAUGAGACCUCAGACAUGGCGUUCAUCAAGAAGCAUCCAGAUGUGCCUGUGGUGGAAAAUCUGGAAGAUCUUUGGAAGUUGAGCAAAUUGCAGCAAGAAAGGAAAGCGAGACAGAAGAAGAGUGAGGCAAGGGCAGGGCACGUCAUGAGGGAUGCCCCACCCUUGCUGCCACAGUGCACUCAACAGGCCCUGUCUUCCUAG